AUGGUGUCACUAUGCUAGUGCAGGUAGUGCCUCGCAAAGCAGUCCACACCAACCACUGGUUCUCACAAAUUGGUCUCCCACCUCUACCCUUCACAGAGCUCUCGUUCAUUUGAGUACCUCGAAAGUCUGGGAGAGGCAGAGACAAAGGGUCUGUGGAAUUGAUGCCAUGUUGUCUAGAGUUAUUUUUCCAACACCGAAUCCUUUGUUCAUAACAAUAAUGUCCAUGACCAGUCUCUCAUUUUCGGUCAUUGGGUUAUUUGAGGGUUUGGGAAAGAACUUUGAGUACUCAAAAUUCAGUAACUUCAGUGUUGAGAAGUCUACAAGAAAGCAGAACAGUACAGUUUGUAGUAGAGAUGGCAUGCUUGUGGUUUACAUACCAGCUUUUCUUUCAGCUGUUGCUUUCUCUGGGCUGUUUCCAAAUGCUGGUCUCAGGUUCUUACUGGUCAAGUCAGCUCUAACCAUCCAUUUCUUCAAGAGGAUCCUUGAGGUACUAUUUGUUCACAAAUAUAGUGGCGGGAUGGCUGUUGACAGUGUGAUUAUUAUCACUCUUGGUUAUUUCACAACUACCUCAAUCACAAUUUAUGCUCUAAGCCUAACACAAGGAUUUCCUGAGCCACCAAUCGAUCUGAAGUAUCCUGGCGUUGUGUUAUUUCUGGUGGGAAUUGUUGGCAAUUUCUACCACCACCACCUCCUUUCCUCGUUGAGAACAAAGAAUGACAAAGGAUACAAGGUUCCCAAGGGUGGUCUCUUUGGUCUGGUUACAUGCCCCCACUACUUCUUUGAGAUUUUAAUUUUCUUGGGGAUAUCUUUCAUCUCUCAAACGUUGUACACUUUUGCCUCAACCAUAAGCACAAUAUGCUUCUUGAUGGGAAGGAGUUAUGCUACUAGGAGAUGGUAUCUCACCAAAUUUGAUGAUUUUCCCAAGGAUGUCAAAGCUAUCAUUCCUUAUGUUUUUUGAAUGUUUCAAACAUAGAAUUUUGAGUUGUCAACAGGUUUCACUUUGGAACUGUGACUUCGUGAUCUAUUUCAACAAAGGAUGUCAC